ACGUCUCCCUCCGCCAGUCUCUGCUGCCUAGCAACAAACAUUACCGAGCUAGCAAUGCGACCUAGCCGCUCUCGUGCGCAACGUAGCUAACUCGGAGGCUCGAGCAGCGGGGUGGAGGCGACACCUUUUCAGCGGGCAAAUGGCACGAAUUUAGCGGCGUCGACUUAGUUUUUUUUUUCGCUGUUACGAGGCUUAUGUUAAAGUAUAUAUAGUUUUUUUUUUUUUUUGCGAGACGACAGUAUCAGAAGGAGCGUUUUUUUUUCUUCUUCCUUCUAAGGAGCUAACCUUGGGCAAGUCAACGUCCAAGAGUCACUUUCUUCACCUAAGAGUGUGUGACACCGGAUGACUUGUAACCUGGUUGUGCAGGGGUGCUUGCAUCACAUCGCCGCCAACGCUAAGGUGAGACCAACGACAGGUGUGACGCCACCAUGCUGGAGGAGGAUAUGGAAGUGGCCAUCAAGGUGGUCGUCGUGGGCAACGGUGCCGUGGGAAAGUCCAGCAUGAUCCAGCGCUACUGCAAGGGAGUCUUCACCAAGGACUACAAAAAGACCAUCGGCGUGGACUUUCUGGAAAGACAGAUCAUUGUGAACGACGAGGAUGUCCGCCUCAUGUUGUGGGACACCGCUGGCCAGGAGGAGUUUGAUGCAAUCACCAAGGCGUACUACCGCGGCGCCCAAGCGUGCGUGCUGGUCUUCUCCACCACAGACAGAGAUUCCUUUCAGGCAAUCGACACCUGGAAGGAGAAGAUCGAAGCGGAGGUGGGAGAUAUCCCGGCAGUCUUGGUGCAGAAUAAGAUUGACCUCCUGGAGGAAACACUUAUAAAGAACGAGGAGGCAGAGGGUUUAGCCAAGAGGCUUAAAUUGAGAUUUUACAGAGCUUCAGUCAAAGAAGACCUAAAUGUCACAGAGGUGUUUAAGUACUUAGCAGAAAAGUACCUUCAACAACUCAAACAGCAAACAGCAGAAGAGACAGAGGCAGUAAACACCAAUAGCAACAAAAUAGGCGUUUUUAAUACCACAAGUAGUAAUGUCUGCAACCUAAACUCCAGCAAUGGCAGAGAAGUCAUCUCACUUCGACCUAACAAACAAAGGACCAAGAAGAGUAAAAAUCCAUUCGGGAGUUGCAGCCUCCUCUAGAAGACGACAUUGAGCUCAUUUUUUUGCAGACCAUCAGCAGGUAGCCUCAGUUAGAAACCAAAGUCCACAAAGACUGGGAAUGAUCUCAGUAAUUAUACUUAAAUAACAAUCAGAGGAUGCGUAUUAUAUAUUUUUUCCCCCAAAUGCAAUGCAGGAACAAUCUCAUAUUAUAAAUUGAGAGAGAGGACCGAUCAAAAGUUUAGACUUUUUGUAUAGUUUUAACCUACCUGAACUUGAAAAGGCUGAGAUCAUAGAGGACAUUUUAUCUGGUAGGAUUAUGUCAUACCUAUUAUAAAACUAUUUCCGGGACCUUGCCAGGUUAGGUUGAUAACAUUAAAGGGGACCCAUGAUGAUUUUAAUCUACUUUGCUUUGUGUCAAUUUUGCUCCACAGUCAUAUAUAUAACCUCGUCUUUGAGCCCACUCCUCUCCAAAAUAUCAUAAGUUUGAAAAUGUACACUGGUAAAUAUAUACCUGGAAGACAUAAAUCACCGCUAUUUUUUCGUCUGUAUCUGUGUUGGCCUCAGGAUGAGGUGGCGACUUGUCCAGGGUGUACCCUGCCUUCCGCCCGAUUGUAGCUGAGAUAGGCACCAGCACCCCCCGCUACCCUAAAUGGAAUAAGCAGCAGAAAAUGGAUGGAUGGAUGGAUAUUUUUUUUACAAACACAGCCGAAAAUUAACUUCAUCAACAGUAAAUAUAUUCACCGGUCACAACAUUAGGUACACCUGCUCACUUGCAGGUUGGCACAGAGCUGCAUAAAAGCUGCUUUUACCAGAAUUUCUGUCACCACAUGUACUAAUUAGAUUCUGAUUUAUCGUCUACCCUCUCUUGUGGUCCCCUUAAGCCAAGUUGUAAUUUUUCCGUCAAAGUUUAGCGGCUAAUCGUAUUUCGUAGGGACCCAUGUUAACAGGCGGGAGGGCAUUAGACGAGAAGGAAUGACAUUAGGUCAGUAUGUACGAGAAUGCCCACAUAUGUACGGCCGUCAAUCUGUGAUGUCACAAAUAGCCAACUGUUAAAAAAAAGACUGCAUAACCGCCAUUGAAAACAAACUCACGCCCAAAUGCUUAAACCUUAUGAUUUGAUGCUUUAACACAAUUAUUGUAGCAUUCAUAAGUUAGAAAAGAGGAAAAUCCUCAUAGGCCCUCUUUAACUUAAAAAGGGAAUAUUAUCAAAUAACCUGCUUCUAAAUGAUUUCUAUCUAAAAGUAUAUAUCUUAUAGCCAACGGUAGUUAUUACAUACCAGUGGUCAUUUUCGGUUGAAAUAAAUUAAUCGAACUUAGACAAUCCGUAGCAUGGUUAUUAUUAGCAUCAUUAUCAUCAUAAACAUGGUCACAACAAUUGGAUAACUUUUGGUUGCUACUGGUGUUUCAUAUUCACCAGCAUAUUUUGAAAUACGCCACAAGAAAGUGCAUUCAAACUUUGGACGAUAUCGUAUAAUUUGCAAAGUCGAAAUAUAGUAUUUGGGGAGGGGUUACAUUAUAUACCGGUUUAACAAAAACCUGCAUCUCUUUUUUUCAUUCUUUUAUGGAUUGUUGUCAGUACUUAAGUCCAUAAGAUGGAGUUCAUCAUUUUCACCAACUACUUUACUCAUAAUAUGCUCAUAAUGCAUAGGAAAUCCAAAAUAUAUUCAAUAUGAACAUAAUUUAAAAUAAUUUUUUUUCCUCGUACGUCAUCUCAAUUGAGAGGGAUUUUUUUCACGGCUUUAAUUCAGACAGUUGUACACCUGUACAUCUUUAUGUAUUAUCGAGGACGUGCUGAGUAUUUUUUAACACACACGGUUUCUUUGAUGACGGUUGAAUGCAUUUUUUUAAUACAAAUCCUAAGUGUUGCAUGAUGCUAUAUUGAGGUGUUAACAGCUUCAAGGUGCCAAUUAUUCCCGGUUUUAACACAAACAUAUUUGAAUGUAACUUUCAAAAAGUCAAUUAUGCUAACCAAAAAAACUAUUUUGAAGUUCAUUUACCACAUUUUAGCUCUCUGACACAUUUACCUUCACUUCAACUCACAACUACAUGUUUUUUAGUGCUGUUAAACGGUUAUUUUUCAAAAGAAGAUUAUUCACACUUUUUGAAUUUAGAUUAUUAUGAUUAAUCACAGGUUAUUGCUAGUAAAUAUCUUUAAAUGAACUUUAACAAGGUCUAAAUAUAUAAACACAAAUCAAACGUUGUCAGCAUGUCAUCCAAGAACAUUUUUAAAGUGUGUUCCUUGAAUGCACUACGUUUUUUGUAUUUUCCUAAAUGUAGUACAUAAGCCACACCCACUAAAUUUUAGAAGAAACAAAUAUUUGGGCUGCACCAGACUAUAAACCGUAGAUAUAUAUACAUAUAUAUUGUGAAAUUAGUUAUUUGCAGAUAAGUAUUUUGUAUAUGUUUAUUUACACAUCUUAAUUGUUUCCAAACGGUGUCUGUAACACGGCAGUAAAACGGCUGAUCAAACAAAACAGAAGUCAUCAUCAUGGACCCACUAGCUGCAGAAGCGAGGUCUCCAAUCGGGUAAACAGAAUCAAUAAGUCCACGGUGACAAUUUGGUGAAUUUGCUGACUAAUUUGUGAAACUGGAACAAUACAAACAGAAUAUCAUUGUAAAUGAAUAGUACUAAUACAGACAUUGGUAAACGUGUUAGCAUAUUAGCUAAUGCUGACGAUGCUAGCUUAAUUACGUUACAAUAGCACAUACAAAUAUGCAUGAAAACAGACAUCACACAUUGGACAGUUUUGUGACUAAGAAUGGUUUUAGUUAUAUUGUAAAACUUAAACGUUGCUAGGAGUUAUGAAUGAAGAAUCCAUACGAGUCCAAAAGUCCAGUCAGGGUAUAUUUUGAAGUGAGCUCACCAGUCGGAGCCUGCUCACUCUACUUUGCACUUACACGUAUGCAUUAAUCUGAUCACUGACCGUACCAACACACACAUUUCAGGUAACCAUCUGCGGCUAAGUUAAAGGAACAUGUAAGUACAGUAAAAAAAAAAAAAAUCUGCGUAAAUACAUGAUUGAUACGAUCAUUUCUUCGUGAUUUUUGACAGCCUUACUUUUUAUUCUGUAUUUACAGUGGAACAUCCAUGAUUGUACUAAGCAAUCCUGUUUUAAGUUAAAUUUUCUGUUCUACGGUUAUCAUCACACUUAUCCUUUCGGUCGUCACUGACGCACAACAUAAGGAUGGCGUUAAUCCUUCAGAGCCCCCCGAGUUCCAUUCAAGUCUAACAUUUUUCUGACAAAUCCAACAUUUUUACAGCAAAUUCCUAAAAACACAGGGCUGUUAUUCUGGAAUGUGUAAAUCCGACCAAACAAAUGCCAACUGCAGACGAUGCUUGUUCUCAAAAGAAGAAGAAUAGUAAAGGGGGAUUUGUUCGGUGGCAAAUUUGGCCCCUCGAACAAUUUAGUUCAAUUUCCCUGAGCUGAGAUGACUUGGGUGAACGGCAAAGUUUUGUUUGUAUUAUGAGGUGAACUACCUUUGGAGGUAUUUACACGUUUGGUACAAUUUAAGUGUCACUUUGACAUUUUUCCAUGCAUUACAUAAAGCACAACAUUUCAAAUAUCUUUAUUCCUAUUGUUUGGUUCUUGUGACUUUGUUCUGUUGCAGUAAUAGUACUGAUUUGAAAACACACUAUGUACAGUAUGAAAACUUCAGCCACUUUAACAAGGACGCAGAGUGCAUGAGAAAGUGGAACGGACAACAUACGGUAGCUCCCUCGAACACACACGAUCGGUUAUUGAGGAGUGAAUUGCACAACACAGCCGCAGAAACAGUGAUGUAAUAGUGGCGAGGCGCAAACUGCUCAGUCAGCAUUAAUGACUUCAUCGUAAACAACGGUACAAGCGUAACAAUAUUACUGACCACUUAUUAUACGUUUGCUGCCAAAAUGUGGCAGUAAAGAGUACAUCAAAAGGUUGCUUUUGUUGCCACGCUGAAACUACAGCAGGAGAUAAAGUUUUUACGGUCAUUCGGACAUCAAGGAGCGAUGUUGGUGAAGACAAGUGAUAAUCGAUUAUUUGAUCAGUAAAAAUGUUGAUUGUGUGGCUUUGGAUAGUGCAUCACUUCUUGCAACCAGCAGAGGCGCCGUUGAGUACGUGUCAACACGUGUUCCAUGCAAACCAGUCCCUCCAGGAUUUUGCAAUGAUGCGAUCCCGCAAAUUCGACCAACUUCCCCGCUUAUUUUGAACAAUCCUCGCCAAAUUUGUCUUUGAGUGGCGCUCAAGCGCGCGCAUCAACUUUCUUAUCAAACUUUGUUUCUUGUGUAGACGAAGCAGGAACAACAGUGCGUUGCUCAAACGGCGCAAUUGUCAUCUUCAAGCGUAGCUGAGACCUACUUCCCUAAGCCCUCCAGGUAAUGUAGUAUAUAAACAUUUACUUAUGUAUUUAUAUAUUUAUAUAUUCGCCUUUAUUUAUCCAGGGUAAGACAAUUAAGAACAUAUUUUCAUUUGCAAUGCUGACCUAGCAAAGAGGCAACAUUUACAUGUUUGAGAUGUUGAGGUGCUAUGAUAAUAAUAGUAUAAUAAUAAUAAUAUCUCAUCCUUUCUCAUUUCCAAACAAAAUGUACCUCUAUAGAUUGCUCUCAACCGUUCACAAAUGCUGUUGGAACAUAAAUUUAUGUUUUAGACUUAGACUCAGACAAACUUUAUCGAUGCACAAGGGAAAUUGCUCCACACAUUAGCUCAGUUUCAAAGGAUGAAAAGGAUAAUGCAGGUAUUAAGUAGACACAAAAUGUACCAUAGUAGCAAUAUAAAAUAUAACGUGUGUAAUAUUUACAUAUAUAUACAGUAUAUAAUAUAUACUGAUGUAUUAUAUUAUUGUAUUAUAUUAUAAAGGGAAAAGUAGUACAAAAUGGAUGGAUUAUAUUGUUAGAUAGUAUAUAACAAAUCCCAAUUAUCAUGUACAAUAUUACAGUACAUGUAACAGCUGCAGCAAAAAAAAACGGCAGUAUAAAAUAGAGAGUAGAUUCAACAGAAAAUAUGCAUUAUAAACAAAGAGAGGUAGCUAACAUAGAAGCGUUCAGGUAAUUGACAGAUAUCAUCUAUUGGGUGGGCAGGGUUGUCCAUGGUGGCGAGCAGUUUGUCCAGUGUCUUCCUGUCCCUCACUGACACAAAUGUCUCCAACUGCGUGCCAAUAGUUUGGCCGGCUUUCCGGAUCAGUUUGUCAAUCCAGUUUAAGUCCCUUUUGCUGGUGCUGCUCCCCCAACAGUCCACUGCAAAGUACAGGGCACUGGCCACAACAGACUUUUAGAUGGACAAACCCUUUUCAAGUUUAAUAUAAAGACAGAGAAUGUCUGCAACUCGUGGACGACAGAGCAGGCAAAGGACAAAAAGGAAGCCUUUUGGCAGUGUUUCUUUCUGUAAUUAUUAUUAUUAUUAUUAGUCAUAAUUAGAGAUGUCUGAAAAUAUUGGACUGCCUAUAUUUUUGGCCGAUAAAUGCUUUAAAAUGUAAUAACAAAAAUGAUUGGUAUCGGUUUCAAAAAGUAAAAUGUAUUACUUUUUAAAAUGCCGCUGUACGGAGUGGUACAUGGACGUAGGGAGUAAAGAGCAGUUGCGUCUCCCAGCCAACCCUCACGAUUUUCCCGGAAGACUCCCGAAUUUCAGUGCUCCUCCCGAAAAUCUCCCGGGGCAACCAUUCUCCCGAAUUUGUCACGAUCUCCAACCAGACAACAAUAUUGGGGGCGUGCCUCACAGGCACUUCCUUUGCGUGCCGGCCCAAUCACAUAAUAUCCAUUGCUUUUCACACACACAAGUGAAUGCAAGGCAUACUUGGUUAACAGCCAUACAGGUCACACUGAGGGUAGCCGUAUAAACACCUUUAACACUGUUACAAAUAUGCGCCACACUGUGAACCCACACCAAACAAGAAUAACAAAGACAUCUCGGGAGAACAUCUGCACCGUAACACAACAGAAGCCCUUGCAGCACUAACUCUUCCGGGAUACUAUAAUAUACACCCCCCGCUACACAAACCCCGGCCCCCCCAACCCUGCCCACCUCAAUCUCUUCAUGCCCUCUCAGGGAGAGUUUGUCCCAAAUUCCAAGCUGCUGUUUUGAGACAUGUUAAAAAAAAGAAUGCACUUUGUGACUUCAAUAAUAAAUAUGGCAGUGCCAUGUUGGCAUAUUUUUCCAUAAAAUGAGUUGAUUUAUUUUGGAAAACCUUGUUACAUUGUUUAAUGCAUCCAGCGGGGCAUCACAACAAAAUUAGGCAUAAUAAUGUGUUCAUUCCACGACUGUAUAUAUCGGUAUCGGUUGAUAUCGUAAUCGGUAAUUAAGAGUUAGACAAUAUCGGAUGUCGGCAAAAAAGCCAUUAUCGGACAUCUCUAGUCAUGAUUGAUUAAAACUGUACAGCAAGUGUGCUUUUACUGCCAUCUUGUGUCUAGUGUGCAGUAUAAAACAAAUAAAACAUCAAUACAGAAAUUGCUUUUUGACGUUUGUUUCAAUUCUGUGCUUUUUCAGGUUCAAAUUUCAGUUGAUUUAACGUUAUUGGAAAAAUAAUCCUAGGAAUAUUGCAUCUUUUGCCGCCGCUUUCAGAAAAAGCCGUUGCGAAUUCGGGCAUUUUAGGCCGCCACAAUCACCCAAAAAUCCAGCGAAAUCCUGCAGGGACUGAUAAAGAACACACCGCCAAUAAAUAAAAAACUCCCCCUGUCAAUAUAACACUGGCAUGGAAAAAGGAGUUCAGGACUUUCAGGGAGAGUCCUGCAAUAUGCAACAAAUAUGGAAAUAUGACGUGAAGUUGGCUGUUGCAGAAAUGUGAACUCAUCAUACAACCUUUUUCUUUUUACUCUUUUUUUUUUUUUUUUUUUUACAUAUGUGAGUCACACUUGCAUGCCUAAUUGAUGUUUUUGCUCUUUUGGAAGUGAUUCUGUUAUCCAACAUUCAAAUGAUUAAUGAUGUAAUAAUAACAGUACUAUUAUACUAAGAAAAAAAGUGGUCUAAUUGUGUUGCAUGCAAAAAAAAAAAAAAAAAAAAAAAAAAAAAAAGCCUUGGUGAGCAAUCAGUGAAGGUUUUAUUCGGGUCGUAACGCCACAAUGCCUUAAUCACGUUUACAUUGUCGACCUCAAGGAAGCACACCAAGCCCUCAAACUUGUACAUAAUCCAUUCUUUAUUCUCACUUCCUGCUUCUUCAAUUUCAUGCACUUUAUCAGUAAAAUAGUCAAACUAAUAACCGGGAAAUUAGACAGAAUCAUGCGUGCUCUGACUCAGGUGUGUAUAUUGUCACAUUCAGUCAGAAACAUCAAGAACCACACGUUUGAAGUCUUUUUGACGACAAUAUUUCAUCAUUGUUUCUUUUUUUUUUGGUUUUGAUCGAAUGUAACUUGACUUGUGCCACACGGCUGGGCUCCGGCUGUUCUGAUGUAUAUUAGGCAUAUCUGGGAUUAAUAAAACUCUACUUUCUUCUGUGUUG